AUGCAGUCGCUAUCGUUCUCUGGACUUCGUUCACGUCGGAAACGUCACCUGAUGGUCGCUCGAUGCAACAACGUGUCGAAAGUGCUGACCGCAUGGUUCAGCGCCCCAUCUGCUCGUCGAGUUCGUGCAUCCGUCCAGUCUCCGAUCCGCCACUUAGGGGACAAGCGACCGCGUGAGGGACUGCCGAGACAGGAGGCAGCAACGAUUUGGGCCUUCCACACGCUCUUCGCCUCUCCUUCGUCGUCUCGGUCGAGAAUGAACACGUGCGAGGUGCAAACGGUCCAGAGUCUACGGCUCGCCGACCACAUCUGCAUCUGGGACACGACCCGCUGGCCCUUCCGAUACACGCACCACGGCAUCGUGUACACGACCGGAGCGACCAUCGAGACCAUUUUUGUGGCUCACGUCUGGUCCCGUAAAACGGGGUUCCGGGCGGGUCAGGCGGACUCGAAGUUCCAGAUCACGAGUCUUGGCGAGUUCCUGAAUAAGCGGCCGCUGCUGGACAUGCGCCGGGUGCAGUACAAUUCGUCGCUCGUGGGGGAGGCGAGUUCGCGACUGGGAGAAGUGCAUCGGACGCACGCAGACGCGCCACCGGUUGUGCUCGCGCGCUGUCGCUUCUUGUUGGGGCUUGGCCAGGGUCAUUUCAGUAUUUUGUCGCUCAAUUGCGAGCACGUGGCGCUCUGGUGUACGACAGGUGUGGGCUGGUCCAAGCAAGUGCUGUCUCGGUCGGAGACUAAAGUGCCGUUCUUAACGUCGUCGACCAAGUCGAUUCAAGCACUGGAGCGACUGGAGAUGCAGGUACAGGGGAUUCGGGAAGCUGCAAUGGAGAAGAAUCGGCAGCUGGAAACUCUGCGAGGGAAGCGCGUGUAUUUGCGUCUGAAAGGCACGGGGAAGUUUGCGAAAAGGUUAGGCGACGAACUGUACUUGGUGCAGGAUGAUCCGAGCGAGAAGGACUGGGCUUUUCGUCAGCAACCGACAUCGUUGAGACUGGCUGUCCGCGUCUCGGCGUACAACUGCGUGCGGGUAGAGUUUCAAGACUAUGACAAGCCUCGAGAUGUGCUGUAUGCGAGCUCGAGCGGAUUGAAACUUAUACAACGCAGGACCAUGCAGUUUAAGCGCUGGUUUCAGUUUGACUUUGGAUGGGAAGGAGAAUUGCAGAGUCUGCGUCAUCGUCGGUGGUUCGUCGGAGCGCAGACUCGCAACGGCCUUCUGUGCCCGUUCAUCUCGCGGGACAAGGCUGCUGCGUUUGAGAUUAUUGACGCUGACGUAAUGGACGAGGUGAGUCCAGUAAUCAAGCCUUCGUUUUGCGACUCGGAGGUCGGCGAUUCUUUUGUUAUUCCUGUCAUGGAAAGAGCAGAGUCGGAGCCCGAGUUGAUUAUUGAUGACGACGGAGACGGAGAAGACGAGGGAGAUUUUACUUGA